CCGGAGUAAGGAUAGAUCCCACCCCGACGCCAGCUCCGCCCGUACAGCCCCUCCGUCCGACCCCAAACCUCGACCUCCCCUUCCCCCUCUCGCAGCUCCAGGGCUCUCUGAGGGUUCCUUUCUGGGUUCUCCAAAGGGUUCUCUGUGGUGUUCUGUAGAGCUCCAUACGCCUCGGGGCCUCAGACCUUCAUGCGUCUCCCAGCAGCAGAGUCCACCCACACCUUCACCCACCACACCACCACCUCCUCUACCAUGAGCUGUGAACAGGAGUUUGGAGACGGCGCCAUGGGAGUCACGCUCACACUGCGCCUCCUCAUGCAUGGAAAGGAAGUAGGAAGCAUCAUCGGAAAGAAAGGAGAAACAGUGAAGAGAAUACGAGAAGAGAGCAGCGCAAGGAUCAACAUCUCAGAGGGUUCCUGUCCAGAGAGGAUCAUCACCAUCACAGGGCCGACAGACUGUGUGUUCAGGGCCUUCACCAUGAUCACGUUCAAACUGGAGGAGGACCUGACGGCCUUGGUAGCCAACGGCACGGUGACCAGCAAGCCUCCCGUCACUUUACGGUUGGUCAUCCCAGCGAGCCAGUGCGGUUCCCUCAUCGGCAAAGGCGGGUCUAAGAUCAAGGAGAUCAGAGAGACGACAGGUGCGCAGGUUCAGGUGGCAGGUGACCUCCUCCCCAACUCCACAGAGAGAGAAGUGACGAUAUCAGGGAGCCAGGACGCCAUCAUCCAGUGUGUUAAACUCAUCUGCACUGUAAUCCUCGAGUCUCCACCAAAAGGAGCGACUAUUCCAUACCGACCCAGCCCGACUCCGGGAACUGUACUGCUGGCAGGAAACCAGGUGUUCGAGGCUUCAGACUUUGGCUCUCACCCCCUGUUCUCAGUGGCACAGGGAGGAGUGGACCUGCAGCAAACGUAUGCAGUACAGAGCCACUACGGCAUUCCUCACUCAGAGUUAGCAAAGCUGCACCAGCUGUCGAUGCAGCAGCAAGGCCUGGCCCCCAUCAGCCAAUCAGCUACACAAGUACUGCCUGGAGGGAUGGAGGCUAAUUCCCAAACCACGUCUCAGGAGUUGCUCAUUCCCAACGAUCUGAUUGGCUCAAUCAUCGGCCGCCAGGGCACCAAGAUAAACGAGAUCCGGCAGGUAUCGGGGGCUCAGAUCAAGAUCGGCAGUCAGAUCGACAGCACCAGCGACCGCCACGUCACCAUCAGCGGCACGCCGAUCGCCAUCAACCUGGCUCAGUAUUUAAUCACUUCAUGUUUAGAGACCGCCAAAUCCACCGCCCAGUCCUCCUCCAUGCCGUCUCCCGUUGAUCUGACCAUGAGCUUCACCCAGCCCUCCCCCCCUGUCUCCGCCUCGUCCUCCUCCUCCUCCCCCCUGGCAGCGAUGGGCGCCGCACUGCCCCAUGCUCAAAUCCUGGGCGCUCCCUACGCCUUCCCCCUCUCCAGCCUCCUGGGAGUGAAAUCCAUCCCCUACCUGGCACUCUCCACCCCUCCCGCCUCAGCAGCGGCAGCAGCGGCGGCGGCCGCAGCGGCCAUCGGGGCUCCAAUGCUACCAGCGUCAGUGCAGACGGCAGCGGCGACGGCAGCCGUUCCGGUUCAAGCUCACGCGGCGGCGGCCCUGGCGUCCUACACAGCCAAGAUCUCGUCCUCAACCAAUGGAAUGAAGAAGCCGGAGAGACAGAAGUUUGCGCCGUACUAAACAAAGAGGUAGCUCCUGGCCGGGUUUAGACGUUAAGGGCCGUUUUUGGUUUUUCUUUUAGCACAUUACUCAUUGACUUGUUUGCCUCUCCACUUCUUCCUCUUCUUCUUCUUCUUCUUUUUUCUGACUGCCUAAAAGAAUCAAAGUGGGAUCGUUGGAACAUGAAUGAUGUUGAAUCAUCCAUGGAAGGCGUGCACGGCAGCAAACAAGCUUUUCUCUUUGGCUGUGGGGUUAGUGACGUCAAAAGUUUAAAGCUUGCAGUUCAGCUAACCGUGUCUCUGCGCUGUGGUCAUAACCAAACCCUAAACCAGGGGUACAGCAGGUUCGUGUCUUGGACAAGUUUUUGUUCCAUCACGUCUUCACAUUGCGAGCAGUUCAAAGUGUUUAGUCGGUGCCGGGUCUUUUAUUUUGGACCCAGCUCUUUACCGGCUGUCCUGUGUCUGACUUCCUGCCCUCCUCAUAUGCUUUCUGCAGCUUGAUGUGGCUUCUGUCAAGAAAUAAAAAGACCUGGUGCUAUUCUGAGUGAUGUGGAGCAGAGACCUGCUUCUCGGACACUUGUGAACCACUCCACGGUGGAUUUACUGGGAUUGCAAUCAUUGUCCUGAGUGACCGCAAGUAGCUCUGGUUGCUACCCUGGUAUUGGAACAUUGUGCAACCAGGUUGGGUGUAUUCCCAGGAUAAACCGAUUUGACAAAGUCUUGGAAAUCAAGGGGAAAAAUAACAAUUUUAACACAAGUUUCCUCAAACAGUGUUUCUGGGUUAAAAUCAUUCUGCUGUUUGUGUGGAUCAGCAGCUAUAGACCAAAUAAACAGACCAGUGUAAAGUUAGCUGCAUAACUAAAAACCACGACUGAGGGUCUUAUUUACUGUCAUGAAAGGAUCGGGAGGACGACGGUCUCUCAGCAGAUUUCGCCCAGUUUCCCCAAAGCACUGACGACUUGCAUGUCAGACAGCAUGUUUGUGCAAUUAGACCAAAACCCACUGCCAAACAUGAUGUAUGUGUAAGUUUGCAACCAGUGUCAUGCUACCAAGGUGACAAUGCACCAACAAGAUCACUUUUACAAAUAUAACUGAGCACUAUUGCAAAGGCUAACUCAACUACACCUCGAGCUAAUAGGAAAAAUCCCCAAAACAGAGCUGCACGCUCUCUGUAAAUUCAAAAGUUUCUUAUUGAAUCAUAAACGCUGAAUAAUUAACUCAGAACCUGCUGAGGGACUCUGACAGACUGCAGCAGCUCCAGUCACGGCUUUCAGAAAUCAAAUAAAGGAGGAUUUCUGAUUUUCAUGCAGAUAUCCGUCUCAACUCCACAGAGUGGGAAAUAAAUUAAAGAAAAACAAAUACAGGAUGACGAAUAACACUCUUCACCUUGCUUCUUUAACCUUUUUAUAUACCCAACAGCUUUUUCUUUCUUUGAGUAGCACUUUUAAAAACAAAGUUUCAGAACCUUUGAACACCUCAAAGCGAGGCAUGUAGGACCAGAAUGAAAAACACCAAAAGCAAAAUAGGACAAUCCUGUACAGCAGCUCUCUAAGGCUGAUGGCUCACCACGUACAAACGACUCAGGGUCAAUGGCUCCUCAAUACUUCACCUGUCACUCAAACACAGACACAGCUGGAAAAAGUUCAGGAAAAAUUUUUUGCUAUACAGUCAGACAAACCUAUGGAUGCUUUAAUGUCUCUGUCCCAGCCCGGAUCCCGGACAAGCCCCCAAACGUUAGUUUUCCCAGUGGAUGGAGGACAGUUGUUAUUUCAAUAGAAAACCAAGCAAAGAUGAAAGAACAGUGCAAACUUUAAAUUCAUCCACUGAUUGUUUGUGGGCACCACUGCAGAAGCAGAACUUUUACUUCAGAUACUUUGGAUGUGAUAAUACUUUAUGGAUUUUGAAAGCGAGACUCUUACUUGGCUCGUCGUUAUUCCACAUCCAACCACAUAAAAACAGCUUUAAGGAUGUUCCAGUCUGCUCCUUGAUGUGGAAGUGUUCUUCUUCUUGUUAAAUAAUUUGAGACAUUAACAGAAAUUCAUCUAUUUGUCUGAUUUUUAAAAUUAAAAGUCAGGAUCAGCAGGUCUGAGUCAUCAUUUUCCAACAAUCCCACUUCUAAAAGUCCACCCCGACUUUAUUUUUCCUCGCGUCUUUUUGCAGCUCGGCCCUUUUCCGAGUUCAGAGGGUUGGUGGGUGUUUGCAGCCCCUGAUAUUUAAGGUCAUUUGGGCCACAAAGCCUGUAAAAGCCAUAGAGACUAUUCUGCUUUCCCCUCCUAGUCUGUGUCCUGCUCUUUUUGUCCCCUGCUCUUCGUCCUAUUGUAUACUCGCAUAUUUAUUAACUAUUGUGGAAUAUUCCCUCAGAGUUUAUAAUCACUGGUCACUAACACUGAGCUGAAAACUCUGCUUUUGUAUACGAUGAUGUCGACUUGUAAAUGACUAUUUUGCGUUUGCUUCCUGUCUGGUUUUCCUUCAGUAUUUGUUGUGUAGUUUUUUUUUAAAGACAUACAACAGAUAAAAGGGUUCUUUUUUUGUUUUUUGCAUAUGUUCUCUUUCAAAAUGUGUUGUUUAAAUUAUUUUUUAACUUAUUGAGAGGAGUAUUACAGUUUUAGAAGAGUUCAUUUCCCAACAUGGCUGCAGGUAAAGACUGUAAAACUGUAUUUUAGUCUCUGUAUGUUCUGUAUGUAGAGUGAACAAAACUGAUUAUUUUCUUUUUGGGGGAUAAAAAAAUAUCACUGUACCAUUAUUGCUAAUAACCAGGUGUUUUGUUAGAAGAGUAGUGUUUUCACUUGUGAGCUCCAACUGGCCAUUUUAUGUCUCUCUCUCUCACACACACACACACACACACACACACACUUUCUAACUGGGAUAUCUGUUUAUAAAUGUCUGCCCUGCUUCUCACCUUUCAGCAUCCACAGAACUAGAAUAAAAGAACUGUUUUUUAAAAUGGGAAAUCUUUGAACGUGUACAGUGAGGAGCUUUGGAAAAGCCAGUUUCUGAUAGCCACACGUUUGAAGUCAUUACUGGGUGAGUACCACAGAUCGAUAACCCUGGCGGCUCUAAGCAUAUAUCGGGGACACGCUCUGAUAAGGAGGCCAAAAUCCAGCUCGGCACCAGGAGUCGAUCCAUCCGUCAGAAAGUACCGAGUCAACAUUUUGUCACAUGCAGUUGAGUUUUAAGUGGACCUGUUGUGCACUUUUGCUCAUCUCCUGUUCCUGUGGUGGAUGCUCAUAUAAAACAUGACCAGAGUCUCUAAUGAUGAGCUCAGUGUGAGUACAACUGUAUCUAAUCCCUGUGGGCCAAAAGCUCAGGCUCAGAGUGCUCUGAACACUCUUGGCUCUCUGUGAUGUCAUUUAGAGUCGAUGUCCCUAAUGUAGUCAUUUCACAGUAACUGUCUGUGAACCAAUUAGAAGAAAGAUGGCUUGAAGGUAGACAACAGAGCAGCGUUUUUAUUCUUGGACUCUGCCAGACUAGCUUUGCAUGAUUCAAAGUUCAAAAUAAUCCUGGUUUACUUCAUACUUGGUGCAUCACCCAGGGCUGGACUGGGACAAAAAAUUAUAGGAAAACCCAUAAAGCCUUUGAAUGAUCUUCAACAAUCUUUGG